AUGAAAUGCGAACAUCUACAGAAAACUGGCAGUUUCAAGGCACGUGGAGCGCUGAACACGGUGCAGAAAUUGAAAGACGAAGGACCGCUUGAAGGAGUGGUCACGCAUUCGUCUGGUAAUCAUGGUCAAGGUCUUGCUUGGGCCGCUUCUGAAUUGGGCCUCCCUUGUUGUGUUGCGGUUCCGCGUAGUGCUCCUCCUUCCAAAAUUGAAGCAAUGAGAAGUUACGGAGCUCGGUUGGAGCUCUGUGAAGCGACGCAUAAGAGCAGAGGAAAACUGGAGAAUUUCUCUACAAUAGAGUAA